AUGGCCCCUGCGCUGCUCCUGAUCCCUCCUGCCAUCGCCUCCUUCAUCCUGGCCUUUGGCACCGGAGUGGAGUUCGUGCGCUUUGCCACCCUUCGGCCACUUCUCGGAGGGAACCCGGAGACCGGUGAUCCGGAAACUCGCCAAGGCUGGCUGGCUGCUCUGCAGGAUCGCAAGGUCCUCGCUUCCCUGACUCGGGAUCUGGGGCUUCUGCUACUAUUUGUGGUACAGCACAGCCUCAUGGCAACCGAGACAGUGAAGGCGUGGAUGUCCCGGUACUUUGGGGUCCUUCAGAGGUCACUGUAUGUGGCAUGCACUGCCCUGGCCUUGCAGGUAUGA